AACACAAUGUCUGCCGAAAUCGAGAACCGCCCGCACUCGCCCGAUGCUGCCCCGUCCAAGGCCAUUGGCGCAAAGGCCGAGCCCGCUCGCUGCCUCUCGGCCGCUUCCACCAUCUCCCAGGGCUCGAGCACCGACGCCGCUUCACGGGACUCGCUGGGCAGCGAGCUGUCGUCUCGCAUGACCCGGCGCCGAGGCUACAUGCGUCCCCAGGGCACCGACUUCGCGGCCAGCGCCAAGUCCCGCGAGAGCGUCAUGAGCUUGGGCAGCAUUGCGCAUCUUCAGUAUUACUUUGCCCGGACUGGCCUUCUCGAUGGCAAAGGCGGACAGCUGGCUCGCAAGAAGCAGCCUCGUGCGACGCUGGACCUGGCAGCCCUCGAGGGCACGUCGCCCAUGGUCGUCCCGACACCCACGACCGCGGGCUUCGACAUGGACCCCUCUUUCGUCUCCAUGGGCAGCAGCCCGGAUUCGGGCCAGGGAUACAUCACAGGCUCCCCCACGGGCAUCGACGACAUGGACGACUUCUACGACGGCUUCCUUGAGGAGGACCCGGACAUGCUGCCGCCCACGGCCAGCACCUACAACCACCGAGAAAAGGUCAUCCCCAAGCCGCCCACGGUAGCGGAGCUGAAGACGGAGCUGGAGGGCGCGCUGCGCGAUGCCCUCAAGGUGCUCAAGGAGGCAAAGGAGCGCAAGGAGGGGUCGUACAAGGCACCCAGCGAUGCGCCUCAUUACCCCAACAUGCCCGAGGAAAACACGCAGAGCUGGUACGAGCUGCAGGGCAUGAACAUCCUCGACGUCGCGACGCUGGCCAUCCGCGCCGCCAAGAACUACUACACGGCCCACGAGCUGCCCGACCGGCUCGACGCCAUCAAGUCAGAGAAGCAGAUCCGGACGGACCUCUUGGGCGUGAUGGAGGUGCUGAAGCAGAUGGCGACGAGGAACUUCAAGGGCGGCGUGAGGGACGAGGAGAUUGGGACCAUGACGUCGUGGAUCGACAGCGUCUUUGACAUCCUCAAGAAGGAGGCCGAGAUUGAGGCGACGGAGCAGGCCGAGCGCCAGGGCUGGGCGUGGAUGAGGGGCGACUGGACAGGCAAAGAGUUGGAGCGCGAGCGACAGUUUCUCAUGUCCAUGGCACCCGACGACGAGCCGCUGCCCGAGUGGACGCCCGCGUCCGGCGCCGCCGAGCUGCCGACGCCCUUCCUGGAGGCCAUGCAGAACGGCCUGAGGCUGGUAAGGCUGCACAACGCGGCGGUCAAGAAGUCUAGGAGGCGAUUCGGAGCGAUCCCGACCUUCCACGUCAACACGCAGAAGCCGUACCGCAGCGCCGACAACCUGCGGUACUGGGCCAAGGCUGCCGAGCUGCGCUUCGAGUGCAUGAUUUCCAUCGACCCCCUGGGCAUCGUCUACAACAACGGGCCCCAAGUCUGGCUGGACUUUGAAGCGGCCAUCCUCAAGUGGUGUGCCCAUGUGAGGGAGGAGAUAACAAACGAGUUGGUCUAAGACCCUUAGUACUUGCUUUUGUCU